AUGCAAACCGCUGAAGCCAAAGAGCUGAGUGGCGCUGGAGGCUGUCUCCAGCUCGCCGCUCGCCAUGCCUCGGGGAGCGCUUGUUGCCAGGCAAUGGCACACACCACUGUCGCCAACAGCAGCCAAGGCUUGGCACUGGAGGACGCAGACGUGAGGAAAGGCUGCUCCAUUGAGGGCACAGAACAGAUAACCAAAGAGCUGCCCUCACAGAGUGGGCCUGGAGCGCAGUAUGAUAAUCCCCUCUGGAGUCCACUGCCAAACAGGAGUGCCACAACUUUAAACAAUCUCACUUUCUGGGGUCAACUGAACUUUGAACAGGAGGACACAGUGGCUUGGCCUUCUACAACCUAUAAAACAAGGCAAGCCACACCAGAAGGAUGCCCUGUGGACACUGACUUUGGUCACUGGACCAGUAAAACCAGUAGUAUUUGUAGUACAACAAGUAUGGCCACGGGGGCCAAUAGCCAAACUGGGCACUUCUCUGCCAACCAUCUGAGCAACAAGACCAAUAGUGGGCCGAGCCCUGGAACCAGCAUGCUUUCUAACCAGGUGGCAGCCAAUCGCAGUUGGGGGUCUGGACUGCCCCACGGCCCAUCUCAGUCUUCAGUGGGGACUGAGGGAAAGGGUGACAGCCCAAUUACUGGGGGCAGUAGGGGCUGGGGCUCCUCCUCAUCUUCCACCACUAACUUUAACUUGAACUUAAACCCUAAUGCCAACCCAUCGGCCUGGCCCAUGUUGGGACAUGAUGCGGCUGGCAACGGGGCAGGCAGCUCGGGGGGAGUCAGCUCUGUGUCUCCCCCUCCAUCUACCCAGACCAGCACCUGCACUGGAGCCAACAGUAACUCAGCGGGGGGCAGCAGCGCUUGGGGUGGCAUCAUGGCCUCUGAAAGCAUAGAGCCAAAAACCACUCCCUCCACGAAUGUGUCUUUCAGUUCAGAACCUCAGAACCUUAAAACUGAUGGACCAAAUUUUUCAAAGCAGGAAUCCUCAAGCCCCAUCCACAGUCUCUCUGGUUGGGGUAAUGCACCUGUUCAGCAAGAAGGCCCACAGGUUAAUGGGGAAGAUGCCAGCUCAGCAUGGGGUAAGAGUGGGGAUUCAAAUGCACCUUCAUCUAAAGAUGGCUGGGACUCGGGCUGGAGCCACGGUGGAGGAGGAGCAGGUUCCUCUGGAGGUUGGGUGGAGCCAUCCAGGGGGGAUUGGGGAAAGCCAAAAAGUGAUGAAGCCCAAGGAAGUUGGGAUUCUCCUACUUCUCCUUCCCAGGAUCAACAAACAAAUCCCUCGAGUCGAGCCGUGAGCACAGCUGGUGCCAGUGAGGGGAGCAGUGACAGCAUGGAGGGACACCCCCGACACAGAGACCACUCAUCCAGAGAUAAUCCAGCUCCCGUCAUUCCCACCCAAGAUCUUGAUCCCCGUGUCUUGUGCAACACCGGGUGGGGGCAGACCCCAGUCCGACAACACACUACCUGGGACAUGGAAGAAAGUAAACGGAAAAAAAUAGCAGCUGAUUCAUGGGGUUCUGGUUCAGCUGCUUCAAACGACACACAGGGACACACCACUAAUAUGGCCCUGUCUCACAGGACUGACCCGGUCAAUAAACAUGAUGCGCAUGCUCCUCCGGUUGCUACAGGCUGGAAUGGAAAUGCCCCUGCACCAAGCCAGAGUAGUUCUGGGUGGGGAGACGGACCCAACAACAAUAAACCCUCCUCUGGGCAAAGUGGCUGGGGCAGUCCUGCAACAGGGGGCCAAAACACUAAUAUGCCCCAAAAAGCAGCUCAGUCCUGGGCGGAGGAGAAAUCUACUGGAUGGGAGUCUCAUGCCAAAACCGCAUCACAAGGUUGGAGCGAUCAACCCAAACCAUCUCAUGGCUGGGGCAAUAGUGGGGGGAGCAGUAACACGAGCGAAUGGGGAGAAUCUAAUGAGAGCAAAAAGAGUCCUUCAAAUGCUGCCUGGGAACGAGAGUCGGGAGGCUGGAAGGACAGUCCACGAAGCUGGGGUACAUCUGCAACUGGUCCAGGAAAUUCUGAAAAUGGAAGAAAUCCUGGCUGGGAACCUCCCUGUCAGCGUCCCAGUGGACCACAUCAAGGAUGGGGAGGCAAAUCUAAUGAGAGUCCUGGUGGUGGGGGAACUAUGGGUUCCUGGGGAGGAACUGGGCCAGCCAAGCCGCCUGGAGGCUGGUCUGGUGGGAAGCAGGAGCGCACUGAGCCCACUGGUUGGGGGGAGCCUUCUCCUCCUUCUAUCAGACGUAAAAUGGAGAUCGAUGAUGGAACUUCUGCAUGGGGUGAUCCUGGUUCCCACAAUAAAAGUGUCAACCUCUGGGACAGGAACAAUCCAGGAGCAUCCCAGACUAAAGCCAUUGCUGUAGGAAAUAAUGCACCAGGGUCCAAUGCCAACCACACUCAGCCUCACAGCCAGCCCUAUCACAGCCCCCAGGGGCCCUUACAGAGCCACAGUCAGAAACCCCAAAGCCCAGGCCUCUCUGGUGGACCUAUGGAUACUGCUGCUCCGCAACCCCCUGUACUACUACCUCACAGCAGAGGUCCUCCAAUGGCUCAAGGUUGGGGAGACAUGCCAAGCUCCCACCCAAAAUCAGAGACCUCUUGGGGAGAACAUGCGCCUUCUCCAGUCAGCGUGGACAAUGGGACUUCAGCGUGGGGCAAACCGACCUGUGCUGGUUGGGGAGACAACGGUCCAGAAUAUGGCAGGGGCAAUUCAAACAUUACGUCUGCAUCUUGUAAAACUGCUCCUAAACCUAUGCAAGACAGCUGGGGAGGUGGCGGAGAAGAGCUGGGUAUGUCUGGAGGCCAAUGGGACCCAGACGAUGGAGACAUGUGGAACAGCACUGCUUCUCAGGAGAGUAACUCUUCAUGUAACUCUUGGGGCAAUGCAUCCAAAAAGCCUCCUCCAAAAUUACAGGUUAAAGUACCAGGAAAACAAGAAGAUUCCUGGAUAAUGAAUCGCCUAAUCAAACAGCUGACAGACAUGGGCUUUCCGAGAGAUCCAGCUGAAGAUGCACUCAAGAGCAACAACAUGAAUCUGGACCAGGCCAUGAGUGCUCUCCUGGAGAAGAAGACUGAGCUGGAUAAGCGGGGAAUGGGCCACGACUACAACAACGGCCUCAUCAAUAAACCCAUGAACUACCAUCGGCCUCAGCUUCUGUCCAAAGACCCAGUGACAGACCCCCGCUUGCCUUUCAUAGACAAGAUGCAGAGUGGAAUGUUUGGUGGCAGUGCACAAAGUCGUGCGAUGCAACCAACUCCUCAGCCUCCUGUGCCACCGCUCAGCUCCUCUCAGCCGAAUCUACGUGCUCAAGUGCCUCCCUUUCUGUCCCCUCAGGUUCAAGCACAGCUCUUACAGUUUGCAGCAAAAAACAUUGGUCUGAAUCCUGCACUUUUGACCUCACCAAUAAACCCUCAAAAUAUGACACUGCUGAAUCAACUUUACCAGCUGCAACUGGCUUACCAGCGUUUACAAAUUCAGCAACAGAUGUUACAAGCUCAACGCAAUGUUUCCGGCCCUAUUCGACAACAAGAGCAGCAAGUUGCCCGUACAAUCAAUAACAUGCAGCAGCAGAUCCAACAGCACCAGCGUCAGCUGGCUCAAGCCCUGCUAAUGAAGCAGCAGCCUCCGCCCUCACACGCUGGCAUGCACCCUGGAGGGAACAAAUCCAACCUGGACUCUUUCCCAGGUCACCCCCAGGCUCCUGGCCUCUCUGACCUCCAGACCAAAGACCCACAGUCAUCUAAUGCCUACAACCCCUACUCUCUUUCUGGAUUGAAUUCAAACAUGAAUGUAAACUGCUUGGAUGUUGGAGGCUUGUCUUUGAAGGAAUCUCCUCAACCUCAAUCACGCCUUUCACAAUGGACACACGCCAAUUCUAUUGAAAGUAUCUCUGAAACACCCUCACCUUUAGAGUCUAGCUUGGGAAAGCAUGGGCCUCCUGGUAAGUCCUCGCAGCUGGAAGAUUCUUUCAGCCCGUAUAACCUUUUGUCAAACUCAGAAUCUCCAACAAGCCCUCUGGUCCCUCCUGACAACUGGGGACAGCCCAAGGGCAGCAGUGAAAAAAUGACAAAUGGGACCAAUAUUAACUGGCCACCAGAGUUCUGCCCUGGUGUCCCCUGGAAAGGCCUUCAAAACAUUGACCCUGAAACAGACCCAAACAUGACUCCUGGAAGUGUACCCAGUGGACCCACCAUCAACACCAACAUUCAAGAUGUCAACCGCUACCUGCUGCGGGACCGGAGUGCAGGCUCUUCUCCCACUUCAUCUCAGGCUCUUCCUUCCUCCUCUGAUUGGCCAGUCAGUGCUUGCUCUAGCUCGUUCAGUCUCUCGUCCCCGGAGGCGGACGAUGCAGGUAAAUUGUCAGAGAUGAAAUCAACAUGGUCACCUGGCCCUAUAGCGCACACCCAAGCGUCUCUGUCCCAUGAGCUGUGGAAAGUCCCUCAGGGGUCCAGAAGCAGCAGCGCAGCACCGAGCCGUCCUCCGCCCGGUCUCACCAACAACAAGCCCUCAGCCACAUGGGCCGGCAGUACACUGGGGCUGGGUCAGGGCUGGAGCAGCUCCUACACCACAGCUGGGACCACAUGGAGUACUGAUAGCUCACCCAGGACCAGCAGCUGGUUGGUUCUAAGAAACCUUACUCCACAGAUUGAUGGCUCGACACUGCGGACACUAUGCAUGCAGCAUGGCCCUCUUAUCACAUUCCACCUCAACCUGACUCAAGGCAACGCUGUAGUUCGUUACAACUCCAAGGAUGAAGCUGCUAAAGCCCAGAAGUCUCUUCACAUGUGUGUGCUUGGUAAUACCACCAUCUUGGCGGAGUUUGCUGGAGAAGAAGAAGUGAACAGAUUCUUUGCACAGAGCCAGUCACUUGGUGGAACUACCAGCUGGCAGGCCACUCCUGGCACUAAUCAAACACGGAUGGGUGGGACAGGCUCAGGAGUCUCUCAUGCCAUCGGCCACUCUCCUCAUUGGAAUAACAACAGUGGAGGCGCAGGGAGCGGAGGUGCUCUCGGCACAGGAGGAGCGAAGACAGGAGAGCUGCUCUGGGGUGGUGUACAGCAGUAUUCCAGCCUGUGGGGUCCCCCUAGUGGAGAGGAGACUCGUGUGAUGGGGAGCCCCACCCCAAUCAAUACACUGCUUCCUGGAGACCUGCUUAGUGGGGAAUCGAUGUAG